AUGGACAAUGUUGCCUUCCAGGGCAUGCCGCGGAUAUCCCUAACCCCGGCAGAGGAGGCCCUGAUCCCACGUCCACACUCAUCCGCUUCUCAGGUCGCUACCGCCAUCCCCUCCACUUAUACCCGCUCUUCCACAUCAUCUUCGUCAAAACCAAGACACCACCAACAUCCGCAUCACCGUAGCCGCCACGCCAGUAUUACACACCAUCCAUAUUACUCUAACCCGAGCCAUGUUGGGUCCACGAUUGUCGGAUUGGGUACACACUUCAGCUCGCUUUCAUCGGCCUCUAUACACAACUCCGCAACUACAGAUCCAUACUCACGGUCAUCCACACCAGGACCCGCAGGGAAACCCUCAAGCAGACCAUCCUCUCCCUCCAAUAAUCAUCUUAGUAACAUCUAUCAUAUACCUGGAAUAUAUUCAUCAGCAAGUAAUAUCAAUAUCAGUACAUCAGGCGAACAAGAAUAUCCCCAGAAUCCACAGGAUUCGUACCAUGCCAACUAUCCACCAGAAUCUCCUCCGCAGUCAGCAUCGCCUGGUCUCUCCCGCCUGGCCAUUGCGCUAGGCUCUCGUCCUGCCCGAUCACCUUCUCCACAGCUUCAUAGCAACCUGCACAACUCUCAUUCUCAUUCUCAUUCUCAGCCAUCCUACUUUCCCCGCACCUCACACGAUACUGUCCAUUCUCGCCCUGGAUCGCCUCUGAAUCAGGGACACUAUGACUCGUGGGACACUGGUCAUCAUCCCAGAGUAGAUUCACCCCUAAGAAGUACUAGCUCCGAGGAAGAGGACAUCGAUGCGGAUUCGGAUAUGUACUCAGAGGACGGCAAUAACUCGGAUGAUGAGGGUGAAGGAAGAGGAAAAAGUCAUCGUCAUCGUUCAACAUCCUCAAAGCACUCCAACAAUAGUAUAGGGAUUCUCAGGCGACUGCGUGAAUCCACGAGCAGACUGAGUUUUGCAGAUGAAUAUAAAAAAUCUUCCCGAACAAGUCAUGAGUCCGACAGAGGGGUUCCUAGACCUAGUCAAGAUUCUUCCUCUUCUGCUUCACGUCCAAUAGGGGGAAAAGGGGCUUUGCAGGGCCUGUCAGAUGAAGAUAAACAACAGAAGCAGCGACAGGAUUCUAGAAGGAAUCGGCCGUCUACUUGGCGGCCAUCUCUCUCGCUGAUCCGACAGGAAAGCGACUAUUCAACUAGUGCUGGUGGCAGUAACAAUUAUUUUCUUCAAAAUGAUCUCAACUAUACCAAUGAUUUGCCAAGUAGCUCUUCCAAUCAUCAGCACCCCGUCAGUAGCAGCAGCAACAAGGGGAAAAGGCAUCCAGGCUCCAAGGGCAAUGGCAAGAGUAAAGCGAAUAAGAAGAAAAGGCGUCGAGCAGCCAGGAAGAGACGUGCAGAGCAGCAGGCAACACAACAGAGGGAGCAGCGACUACAACGACAGCUCUAUGAGCAGCAGCUUGCAGAACAAGCCAGGAUGUUACCUCACUUGAGUCAGGUUCUUGAAAAACGGACGCGGUAUCCACUCAGUUAUGAUGGCUUUGAGACUUUCCUUCGGACGCAACGAGCGGUUGAGUAUCUUAACUUUUGGGCAGAUGUCGCAGCUCAUGAACAGUUAUGUAGGACGUUUGAUGUAUCCGAGAGGAGGCAAAAACGUGAGCAUCAACUUGAGGAACGUGCAAUCGCGCGGGAUCGAAGGCGUAUGGCUCUCAUGCCAGGCAUGGAGCCAGGACGGCUCACACCAGAUCCGGACCUUCUGGGACCAAACCAAUCCACUAUGAGCGUUGGCAGGGAUACAGGCAUAGGUGUCGGCGUUAAUGGGCAAGAGAUCGAUAGAUCCAGCAUGUAUGCGGCUAGCCGAUCUAGCUUACAACUGCCCUUGGGGAACGAUCAUCUUUCAUUCCCCCAAGAAACUCGUCGCUAUGGCCCUCAUGAUUCUUCUGCACUUUUCCCACCCAUAUCACCGGCCGAAUCAUACAAUCGUAUAUUGGCAGGAGUAAGAAGCAGGAGGAUCUCAGGUGAAGUAAGCCGACCAUCGUUGGAGGAUCCUCACAUUUCAGAACAGGAUGCUGCUGUCGCUGCCCUUGCAAUGCGAGCGCAGCGUAAUGGCCUAUACUCUUAUAACAGUAGUCGGGAAGAUGUUCGACGAGGCUCCUUUGACCGCUAUCAGUCUUUACCUGGUAGUGAUCUGGCAAGCGGUCACUACCAACAAUAUAACCACAGUAAUGGAUACAUAGGAGGAGCCUUAUCUGCUUCAUCUUCGGCUCCCAAUGCCUAUAACAUGAUGAUGCGUGGGCGAGGAUCCAUUGAUAUCAUAGGUCAAUCCAACUCCCGAAAUAUACGGAGAGGAUCUUCAGGAACAAGAGCAGGAACAGGAACAGGAUAUGAUUAUUUUAGUAACGGAGCUCAAUCAUCGCUCUCACAACUCUCCCUUUCUCAAUAUCCACAGGCACCGCACACAUCACACACACCACAACUGGUGGUCCCCGAUGAAGCGGGCCAGACGACACGAUUGAGCGUUGAUGGGCAUUACCCCCAGCGUGCGGAAAGCCCUUCAGACCUUCAACGUCGACAUUCGAUGCAAUCUCUUGGGUUUGCAAGCCAUUCUGAACUAGAUAGACGCCUAUUGGCGAUUGGAAGGUUUCCUAAUGGUCUAGGCCCGCUUCAAGCGCCUUUUCCCGUUCGUAGAUCAGGAGAGAGUGCUUACACUCCUAGUAUAUUUAGUGGCACCACAGGACAGGAGGGCAAGGCACCGUUGGCAUUCAGUUUUCGAGCUAUUGCGCUCGAGGACCUACAGGAAUCAGCAAUGAGGAUCUAUCGCAAAUAUUUGGUUCAAUUCCGGACUGCAUCCAUGGCCGCAGAAGAAGAAGAAGCGUUAGCAAUAUCAACAAAACAAUCUCAUAAUGGUCAAGGAGGACAGCGUGAACACAAUAGCCUUGAGAAGAUUUUGGUGACUUCAGGAUGGGGUGGCUAUGCAGAGGAAGUGAUUACACAGUGGAACGAGAAAUGGCAAGAGCGGAGACUGAAGCGUCUCUCAUCCAAGAAAAGUUCCUCUGCACGCCUUGGCAACGGGUACCAGAGCGGACAACGUAGCGUAAAUGGAGAUAAAGACGACAAAACUCAUGAUGUCAAUAAUGGUCCUGGUGGCGGCCCCUCGAUCAAUACGGAGGUCACUAGCCAAAGCUAUAGUUCUGACAACCGGAAAAAGGAGCAUGAUGAGGGAAAUGGAGCUGAUGGAAAAGGAGAUGUUUCAGGAAAUGCUUCUGUGCCAACAAGUCCAAGGAGCCCCAAAAUGAAGAAGAGGACAGGAACAGGGCUCAGUGCCAUAUUGAAUCCGUUAUUUACAAGGCUGAUGCGAACAGAAACCACAGUUGUCGAACUGCCGACCCUGACUAUUAACACGACUACAGUAGAGGAGGUAGCUAUCCAUGAGUACACGUCAGAGGAUGAGGAUGACGACGGUGAUGAUAGUGAUGAUGAUGAAGCUGAUGAUGAUGUUGAAGAUGAGGACUAUGAUAGCGAUGGAGACAGUAAUGUGGAUGGGGGUAUGGAGAGUACAAACUAUAGGGGACAGCAAGAGAAACGAGAUGAAGAUGGUGUGAUUCCCUCUGCUAAUAAUGAUGCUGCAGUGCCUACUAACGAUGACAAGGGAUUGUCGGAGCCAUCUGAUGUAACUUCUGGCGUACCUGGGACUGUUGUAAUCCUUGAGAGAUCCAUACCACCAUUAUCACUGGCUGCCAAUAUGAACCAUAUGAUCUCCACGCAUAAUCAAGGCGGUAUCUCUCAACCCUCGUAUGACUCAUCGUUUGAAAACGCAGAUGCUUUAGAGCACGGAAAUGGGAUCGUACCUGGUGCUGGAGUUGAUGCUGAAGCUCUUCCAAAGAUGACGCCUUCUCAUAAAUCGUCCUUAUCGUCUCUGUCAUCUACCUGGGACCGUAUCACUAUGAAAGACCUUGAGAAAGAAGUUGUAACCUUACCACAACCCAUCAGUAUCACUAAGCGUCCAUCGCCUUAUCAUUGGUAUGGCAAAUUGCGCGGAAUCCGAGCCAGUACGAGAACACCUGAGACUUUAUCUUCGAAUACAACACAGAGAGGUGGAUGGCAUCUUCCAUCAUUGUUACGCAAAUCCAUCCGAGGGACUGGUUCGAGCUCAUCUAGCCUCAGUACCAUUCAAUUCACACCUUGUGCCUCGCCUCGGACAGAACGCCCCGGUUUCUGGCUACAGCCGCCUUCUAUUGCCACAGGAGAGGAAGCUGUGGACGAAAAAAAUGCAAGUGGAGUAGUAACAAAAAGAAGUGAAGCAGUAACUGCCCAUAAUAAUGGUAGCCGUCCUAUGCGUCUAUCAAAUUCUGGAACCGCCAAUUCUGUUAUGCAGCUUCAGGGUGAACCGAUCCAUUCGAACGCAAGUUUGAGCGCUGCGGGCCCUAUUGCGAGCACUGUAAACACUCUAAAUGAGAAGUCUACGCCGUAUCCAUCACCACAGCUUUCCUUGACGCCUCAACCAUCCUCUCCCUUCAUGAAUUCCCGCAUUACAGGCUCAAGGUUGUCAGGACUGGAUCCAGGAUUGGAUUUAGGAUCAUCGCCAGUUGCUGUGGCAGCCUCCGCUGCAGCAGUCGCAUUCUAUCUACCUUUAGAAUGUCGACAACGGAUUCAUCAGCAGGUACAAGAAGGUCGGACCCAUGUGCCUCAUUUGUUUGGCCCCGCCAAGGGAUUUGUGACGGAUGUGGUGUUGAUGGAUCACUACUACCCUCUGUUUUUGAACCACAUGGAACAAUAUAACAUGGGAAUAUUGACAAGACAUCAUCCCAACAAUCGAAUCAAGAUACAAAGCAUGAUCUGGCUUGGGAUCGGGUUGUGGUUUAUAGUUCUAGGAGUGCAGCUGUCGCUAGCGCUUCUCGGAUUGGGAGGGUGGAGUAGUCCUUGGGUCUGGAUGGUGGGAAUCUUGGGAGGCUGGACUGGGUCGAUAUGUCUUAUGACAGGAAUUAAAGAGUUCUCGCCUAUCCUUGGACUUGUAGGUAAAAUUUGCGAAGACAAGCAUGUUUUUCGAUUCAGAAAGAUAUUAGAGCCAUCGAUCCGCAUCCGUCACCGCCAGCGCGCAUACUGGAUGCUAGCAUACUGCAUCAUUUCGUCGACAAUCAUGAUUAUUAUCUUUGCGGCUCUGCCGCAGCUGAGGGGUUAG